AUGAAUUGGGUUUACAAGAUCAAGCGGGACACUCUCGGAAACGUGGAGCGGUACAAGUCCCGGAUGGUGGCAAAGGGCUACCUGCAGAAGCAAGGUAUUGACUUCAAGGAAGUCAACGCCUUCGUAAGCAAGCACACGAUGUUGCGUGCGCUGCUGGCGGUGGUCGCAGAGCGCGUCUUGGAGGUGCAUCACGGAGCGGUUGCAAAGGUGAAGGCGCACUUGGCGGAGAAGUUCGAUGUGCGUGAUUUGGGGAAGGUGACGUACUUCCGCGGGAUGGAGUUGACGCGCAACAGGGAGGCGCGCACCCUGAAGCUGACGCAGAAGAAGCGAACGAGGGAGCUGGUCGGACAUUACAGACUGGCGGAUGCGCGGGCGCGUAGCGCUCCUCUUGGGUUGAGGGACAAGUUAACGAAAGAUGGUGAGCCCCUCGAGAGGAGGCGGUUCCCAUACAGCGAGUCUGUGGGAAGCCUGCCGUACCUGAGCGAGUGCACGAGGCCCGACAUCGUACAGGCGAUGGGCGCGCUUGCGCGCUACAUGGCGGGGCCGACGGAGGCGCAUUGGCAGGCGGCGUUUGGCGUUGUGCGCUAUCUGGUGGGGACAGCAAAGGGAGGGGUGACCUUUGGGGGGAGUGAGAAGGCUCUCGUCGGUCCCUGUGACGCGGAUUACGCACGAGACUUGGAAACGAAGCGGUCCACAACAGAAUAG